AUGCUUAAAAUCCUGUUACUGCUCUCGUGCAUUGCGUUGGUGAUCGGGCAAUCGGAACUGGUCGACGAUACAAAAAAUGCGCUGAAUGAGGCCGGCAGUAAACUGAAAGAGGGACUCGAUUCAGCUGGUCGAGCAAUUGAGACUGCGGCCGACAAGACGAAACAAGCGGGGAAAGAGGCGGCGGAUAAGGCUGACAACGCGUUUAAUGAUGCAAAGAAAAAGAUCGAGUCGAGGCGU